AGAUAUAAACCCUUCCAGGUAGCAAGUUGUCAUCAGUUUUCCACGAUGGUUCUGUUUUCAGUUCUCUACUUAGUACUUUGGCCAGCUAGCUCUUUGGCUGCUCUUCCCCGAGAUUGGCAAGCUUGCAAAGUUGGAUCUAAUGAUUGUAUUUUGAAGUCUGUUAAUGCUGCUCUGCAAUCUUUGAAGAAUGGGUGCUACGGUCCUGCAAGAAGCCGGACCUCCUUUACUACAGCCAACCAAUCUCCACAGUCUUUGCUGCUUCCCUCCAUCUUCGAACGUCCAGCUACCUCAGUUCGAAAUAAACAAUUAGGAAUUGGACCAAUAGAUCCUCUCAGAAUAAUGUCAAUGAAAAUGGACCAAGGCUCGGGAGCAGUUAGUGUUAAAUUGGAAUUUCAAGACUUGGAUAUCUUUGGUCUAUCUUCCUGCAACGCGACUGCCAUUAAGAAUAAUAAUUGGAAGACACUUGAAGGACAAGCUAUCUGUAAAACAUUUGAUAUGACGGGGAACUACAAAGCUAAUGGCAAAGUAUUAUCCCUACCGAUAUCAGGAAAUGGAGACUUUGAUCUACACUUUGAUAUGAUGGAAGCCAAUAUAACCAUCCAUUUAAAAGAAAGUUUCAAUAAAGGUAAAAAAUACUUUGAAGUGUCUUCCUUGAACUUAAUCGUGAAUCCAAACAAUGCAACAUUUUAUUUUGAAAAUCUCUUUGAUGGGGACGAAGUAUUAAGUGAAAAUAUGAAUACGUUCUUAAAUGAAAAUUCUGAAAUAAUCAUAAAAGAACUGAAUCCAUCUUUUUCUAAAGGGCUGUCACAAGCGUUAUUUCAAAUAACUAGUCAAAUAUUUUCCAAAAUUCCAUCGAAUGAAAUCAAUAUUCAUUAAUGAAACGAAAAGUUAAACUGUUUAGUUCUAUUAUAGCUUUUUUCCUCUACAGUACUUAUGGAUAUGUUUAGUAGCUUGUUAUUGUUUUAAUAAAAACAUUUAAAAAUGAACUGAAAGAAUUACUCGAUUUAAUUUUUAAUGGUAUUAAUAAAUGGUCUUGAUGAAUUGUAUCCUACCUUCUGAAUAUACAGUAUAUACCACAGGUUGGCACUCUGCGGCAUUGAGGCCUCAUGUGACCUACAUGAGCUAGCUGCGGCCUCUGUUUUUGAGCGAUAUUCAUUAAUCUAGUGCUAGAAUUAAUUAAUAUUUAACUAUUCAGGUUAGUAAAUUGUUUAAAUUAAUAGAAUUAAAUUGAAUAUAAGCAUAGAAUAGUAUUCAAUAAUAAAUAGAAAUAAACAUAGAGACUAUAAAAUAAAAAAA